GCCUACUCACGUAGACAUGCGGUAGCGCCUCACUAACCCGGAAACGUGGGUCAUCUGAGCGGCAGUAAGCAACAAUGGAUCGAGUGAGGUCAGCGUUUAACCGCAUGGUUAAAAGUGAGCGCUACAGCAGGUUCACUCUGCAGCCGGCCGAAGAUGGAGAGCGACACAUUGAGGUCAAACUGUCUGAAGACGCCACUGAGGUGGAGGACCCGUCAGGGGGAUCCCCGAGCUUCAGACCGGCACCCCAACGUCACAGCAGAACUACUAUCUGCUACCUGGCCCUCGGGAUGCUGCUGAUAUUUGUCAUUGGCUACGUGCUUGGUUACAUCAACCACCGUGAAACUCAGGUGGACCAAGUGAACUGUCAUGGAGAGCCGGAAACGGACGGUCAUCAGGUAGUCACGCCAGCUGUUGUGGCAGCAGUUGUACAAGUUCAAGACACUCCGAUGAACUGGCAGGACGUCACCCAACUCCUCUCGCAGAAACUCACCAGCCAGGCCUUGGGCAAAACUCUGAGUGAAUUUGAUUUGCCCAGUCGUUCUGCAGGAAGUGCUGAAGACAACCAGCUGGCAAACCGCAUCUUUGAGGAAUUCAAGCAAGUGGAGAUGGAUCCCUGGACCGACGUCCACUAUGUUCAGCUGCAGACACCAGACAGCGAGCAUCCAAACCGUGUCCUUUUUGGUUCAGACGUCUUCAAGCCUACAGGGUAUCUGGCCUACAGUGCUACUGGGAAAGUUCAGGGCAAGCUGGUGUACGGAAACUACGGUCGUCAGGAGGAUCUGGAUGUUCUUAAGAACAAGAACAUCAAACUGAGAGGCAGUGUGUUGCUGCUCCGAGCCGGAAAGAUCAGUUUUGCAGAGCAGGUGGAUAAUGCUGCUACGAAGGGAGCCUCUGCUGUUCUAAUCUACCCGGACACUCAAGAUUAUGUAGCGGACACGGCACUCUACGGACAUGUCCAUCUGGGUUCAGGCGACCCCUACACCCCUGGAUUCCCCUCCUUCAACCACACACAGUUCCCCCCAACGCAGUCGUCCGGUCUCCCCAAAAUCCCAGCCCAGACCAUCACCGCCAACAUGGCUUCAUCUCUUCUACAGAAUAUCGGCGGUCCUGAAUCCGAUGCAAGCAGCGGUUUUAAAGGCGGCCUGACGUCGGUGGUUUACAGACUGGGAGGCAGCGAGAACGUCACUGUAGAGGUGAACAACGUUCUGGUCAACAAGGAGAUCCACAACGUGUUCGGAGUCAUCAAAGGAUUCACUGAUCCUGAUCGCUACGUCGUACUGGGAGCUCAGAGAGACUCCUGGGGGAAAGGUUACGCCAAAGCCACUGUUGGCACCUCCAUAUUGAUGGAGCUGGCCAAGGCUGUUAAGGAGAUGGUGGAAAAAGAUGGGUUCAGACCGAAGAGGAGCCUGGUGUUUGCAAGCUGGGGCGCUGGAGAGUACGGAAGUAUUGGAGCGACUGAGUGGUUGGAGGGUUAUAUGUCCUCUAUUGACAAACGUGUUGUUACCUACAUAAGCCUGGAUGGAGUACUCAUGGGUCGUGGGAGCUUUAUUGCGUCAGCAAGUCCGCUGCUCUACAGCCUCCUGCAGAACACGAUGAAAGAGGUGAAGAGCCCGCUUGGUUCUGGCUCUGUGCUCGAUAUGGUUGGAGCAAGUAACUGGGAGGCCAAAAUACUGAGGCCAAUGUCAAUGGACGACCCCGCCUAUCCUUUCCUGGCCUUCUCUGGAAUUCCCUCCAUCUCUUUCCACUUCAUCUCUCCUAACGUUGAGGCCUACACUUACUAUAACACCAACCUGGACAACAUGGAUCACCUGGAUUACCAAACCAGCCGUCAAACCAGUGAAAUGGCGGCGGUGGCGGCACAGUUCGCCGGUCACAUGGCUCUUCGGCUCGUCCACGACCACCUGCUCCGCCUGGACGUGAGCCGAUACAGCAGCGUCCUCACCAGCGCUGUGUACCGACUCUUCAAACGCGUCAACCAGCUCUCACAGUCUGGGCAGCUGAAGGAAGUGGAUCCCAGCUGGAUGAACCAAGCACGCGGCUCCUUCCAACGCGCCGCCAGCAGCAUCAACAACGACAUCCUCAACACCGACCUAAGUGACAAGGAGGCCUGUCGGAUCCUCAACGACAGGAUCAUGAGCGUGGAGCACAACCUCCUCUCUCCGUACGUUUCCCCCGUCGAGACUCCCUUCCGUCACCUCCUGCUGGGUCGGGGCCCCCACACUCUGGCAUCCAUCUCCGAGACCACCGACAUGGAGCAGCUCCGCACACAGCUGGCUCUGGCCACCUGGAACCUGCAGGGAUGUGCCAACGCCAUGGUGGGAAACAUCUGGGACAUCGAUGACGAGAUCUAAAGACAAGCUGGGGAGUUGUGAGAGUGGGUGUCAUCUGUGUGUGUAUGUGUGUGUGUUGUUGACAUGAAAUAUGAGGUACAGAAGAGGGAGGAGCUCCAAAUAUCAGCACUUAAGCACAAGCUGUCAAUCAGAGGUGAAAGCCCUGCCCUUUAAAAAAACAGGCUGAAUCCCAGAAAGAUCCAGGAGGAGAUAAAAGAAAGUAUCAAAUACACUGUUAACUCUGAAAAAUACUCUGAAAAGUACUUGAAGGAAAAAAAUGAUGCUACUGACAAAUCUGCCUCCUCUCCUCCUGGCUCCACAUCGAAACAACAUGGCCAUAAAACACUGGGAAACCUUAUUUAUACUUAAGUUUUAUUUAUCAGUGGCAGUGACCACUAUAAUGUUAUUGUUUGUCUUUUUAUACAACGUUAUCGGGAGCAGUGCCUUCCAUAAUUAUGACGGUUAUACUGUCUAAUCCUCCGGCAGCAUCUGCUAAAGAAAUGACUCCUCAACUGUUGCUGACUAAAUGGAGCCCCUGAUGAAAGUUAUAUAUUUAUGACCUUUUAUUUUCUUCCUUUUGGUGUGGGGAUUUUUCUGAAAUUACUUCACAAGAAAGUGCUUGAAACUGUCAUCAAAAUCUAGAUUUAAAACACACUGAAAGGGAGAAAUUAAGGGUAAAAGAGUUUUUUUUCCCUGAUAAAAUGUUAGGAGUAAGGAUUUAAAUGUGUCCGUCAAAAACUAGACUAGGAGCAGAGAGAAAUCUGAACCUCUCUGCAUAUUUGGAAAUUCUCCAACAAGCCCAGAAAUGAAUUAAGACUGGAUUUAAUCGGCAUGGAAAUAAAAAAAAUAAAAAAAGAAUGCACAAAAAGACAAAAAAUUAUCAACCCCCCCCUUCUUUUUCUUUUUUUGCACAAUAACUGAGCUGAUUGGUUCAAUGAUUUGCAAGAAAGCCAUUUAUGUUGCACAGAGUACUUUGGGGCAGUUUGUAGUAAGAUAAAGUUAUCGGGAGCAGUGUCUCCCAUAAUUAAAAACACAUUAUCGGGAGCAGUGUCUCCCAUAAUGACAAGCAGUGAUGGUAGUUUUUGCCUACCAGUGUGUGUGUUUUUUUUGUUUUUGUGUGUACGUUUUAAGUGUGUAUUUAUCGAGAGCAGUGUCUCUCAUACUUCACUUGGAAGAGUGGAACAACUUAUCGGGGACAGUGUUUCCCAGAGUUUUAUACUUGACAUUUUCAUUUUUCAUUUUUGAAUUAUGCGUGUGUGCUUCUGAUAUUAUUGUUUUCUUUAUCUUUGCUCACGUUUCUGUAUUAUGCUGUAACUUACAACAGAAUUUGUUAAAUUUCAGUUUUGUUUCGCAUCCAAUCAAGCAACCGAAUACACAAACACGGAUACCAUUACAUUAUCUAACGUAUAAUAUCCAUUAUAGUUUGCAGCAAACGGUCUGUCAAGCUUAUCUCUACAAAAGAUAUCACUCCACAAGGCAUUACUAUUUUUGCACGCGUUUCCUCUUCACUGCAUGUUACUGUAUCACAGUUAUGGUCUGUUUUUUAGGUACAAAACAUUUUUGAAUCCAAGCUGCUGAUUUCUGAUAUUUGUUUGACCAUAUUGUUCCCAUAAAAGUUAUUCAGUAGUUUUCCCAGAAUAUAAGAGUAAUAUAAAACUCUAAAAAAAAAAAAAAAAAAAAACCUGUAAACUUGCACUGAGAGAGUUUUGAACCUGAACACAAUAGUAAGUAAAAAAAAAUAUGUUAAAAGAACACUUUCAGUCUGUCAACCCAAUUUAUUCCAUAUUAUAAACUCCAGUAUAACAUUAAAAUCAACUUUCUUUAUUUGAACAUACACUCCAGACCAAACAAAAUGCCAUUGUUUCAUAUUUUAGAUUAUUACAUGUUUGAAAACAUUGAGUAUUUUCCUUGUGUCGCCUCUGUUGUGGCCUGCUUUCAUUUUCCUACAAGAAGUUACAAGAAUCAAAAUACUCGAUCCUCAGAGGGGGAAACGGCGAGGUUGGGAAAUUGAUUUUCUGCUGACUGUGCAAAAUAACACUGUUUCAAAACCUGUUCUUGAAAUCAUAUUUCUGUGAUCUCCAUGUUCAGUAGAAAAAGUGUAAUAAAACCUUUCCGCUUAGCA